CCCUGUCAUAUAUGAACUCAGUUGACCUUGCUCUACAUGAGUUCUCGUAGCUCAGUGGAUAGAGCGCCUGAGUCUGGAAUAAGGGCUCGUUACGACUACUGCAUACAUGUAAACUGAACAUAGAACUGCACAGUAAUAUAUACAUGUAUUUGCAUGCAGUGUGACUGUGUCUGACUUGACUGAACCAAAUGUUAUCAUUACAGAUCAAGUGGUGCUGUAGAAAUGGAUGAAGACAGCAGUGACCAGCAAGCAAGUGCAGAAGUGACGCCAGCAAGCAGUGAAAAUGACCUGCUUGCUAAUAAAUCAGAAGACAGUGUGGAUGAUGAUGACGAUGAAGAUGAUGAUGAUAUUGAUAAAAUGCUGAAUGAGUUACAGAGUUUCCAGGAGGAGCUGGAACAAAAAUCCCAACAGUCAACAGAAGAUGAACAAAGCCCAGGGGUGUUAUCCUUUGUGCCACCAUCACAACCUUUGGAUCAGUUCAGAUUUUCCAUAAGUGCUAUUGAAGGAAGUGGUGAAGUCGAUUUGGAUGCCUUGUUAGAAGAUCUCUGUAUUAUGGAAAAAGACAUGAACUUUGGCAGUGAAACAGAGUCAGUGUUUUCAGAAACGAUUUCAAGCCCAAAAAUGAACUCUCCUAUCUCACCAAAUAUGAAGGUGUCGGCUGAUGUUCUAAGUCGAUUAGAAAGUGUUCAGGAGGAGACAAGACAGCUAACUCCUGAGGAACAACAUGAACGAAUCAAAGCUGAAAAAAUAAGGAUAGCUCUGGAGAAACUCAGGGCAGCAAGAGUGAAGAAGUUAGUCGUUAAAGUAUACAAUGAUGAGGAUCCUACAUCCAAGACUGUUGCCAUUGAUCAAACAUGGACAGCGUGGGAAGUGUGUAAAAAGAUGAUGCGCAAAAAUGACACUGAACCAGAUCCUAACUGGGUUCUGAUUGAAAGAAUUCCUCAGCUCAGUAUAGAGCGACUUUUGGAAGACCAUGAAUCAGUUGUGGAUGUUGUUUCAAGCUGGCCAUGGGAUUCUGAAAAUAAAUUGGUCAUUAAUAAUAGAAGAGAAAAGUACGCCCUGUUUAGAAACCCACAGAACUUUCUUCUGACAAGUGACACAUCAUCAGAUGCUGCACAGUUAGCAGAGAAAAGUAAAGACAUCUUACUACAGGAAUUCUUUCAAAAAGAUGCAAUGCGACUGCCUGAAUUGGAUGGGGUGUUGUACCUCAAGGAAGGCAAAAGAUCAUGGAAAAAGCAUUACUUUGUUCUGAGGGCUUCAGGAAUCUAUUAUACACCUAAGGGAAAAACUAAGUCAUCACGUGAUAUUGUGUGUUUAAUGAAGUUUGAGCAUGUGUCAAUCUUUAAUGGCAUGGGAUUCAAGAAGAAGCUUAAGGCACCUACAGAGCACUGCUUUGUUUUGAAGCAUCCGCAGUUUCACGAUCUGGAAUCCAAAGCAGUUCGGUGUUUUUGUGCAGAGGAUCUCAAGACAAUGCAACGAUGGGUAGUGGGCAUCAGACUUGCUAAGUUUGGAUACAAGAUGUUGCUGGAUUAUUCUGAUACACAAGAUGAGAUGGACAAACUUGCUUUUACCCUGGACAGAAACAAGUUCACCAGGUCAUCGAGUUUCACUGCAGGACAAGAUGCAGAACCUGUAGAUAUCAAACCACAGCCUGAACCAAAGGACUAUCAGUCAAUGAAAGCCAAAAGCCAGUCUCAAAGAAUCAAGGACUCUAUUGGCUCUUCCUCUGUACAUCCCAGUGGUAGCAUGAGCUUCUCAGUAAACAGAAGUAAAAUUGAACCCAAAAAGCCUUCAAAGAAGAUUGGCAAUUUGUUUUCUGAUGCUUGGAAAAAGGGCAACCAGUUUGAGGCAAAGAGUGUUGAGCCGGUUUCACCCGAUACACCCUCGGGACACAGUGCGGGGGCUGCCACGCCCAACACCUUGGACCCAAAGACCUUCACUAUCGACAAUCAUGUCAUGCAGCCUUUAGAAGAAGAAGCAGAUGAGAAAGAGGAGACGCCGAACUCUGAGCCUGUAGAAGUUGUUCCACAGCACAGCCUGGUGUUAGAUCCUCCGCCAUUACCCCGCAAGUCAUUCUCCAAGAAAAAGGAAGAGGAGCCAAUCCAGCCGCAGACGGACAACAACGAGGACAAGGGAGACGAACAGAAUAGUGAAAUAAGCACAAGGCACAGGGGCUCGAGAAGAUCCAGGAGAACUCGCAGUCAAUCACCACCACCCCCGCCUCCGCCACCACCACCGCCCCCACCCUCUCUACCCUCUGAACAUUGUGGAUUGACUGGUAGAGAUAAAACGUCCGAACAGACUAGCAGCACAUCGCCUCACACAGAACAGGCUCGCAAAAGCAGUUCCCUUCCUCCACCUCCCGUUCCCCCUAAAACAUCAACAUCACGAACCUCGUCUCAUUGUUCAGACCACAGCGACUUACCGCGGACCUCAUCAAGUAUUUCAGACCACGAAGUGUUUCCGCGAAACUCAUCUAGCGUCUCAGACCACGAAGUGUUUCCACGCUCUUCAUCGAAUAUUUCAGACCACGGAGUUUUGCCUCGACCUGCAUCCAGUACCUCAGAUCAAGAAGUGUUUGGGGAUCUGCUCCUUCCCCCACCCUCGCGGCUGUUGUCUACUUCUAUGGAAGAGAUGCCCCCACCUCCUCCCACAGGAGAAGUUCAGGAAGAUGCAGAUGUGGAUCUCCCUCCUCCUCCCCCAGAGGUGUUGUUUAAAGAAAAGCUGAGUGAGUCUCUUGGCAAUGGGAGAAGGAGGACCACCAGUGGAGGGGGAGGACCCCCUGCAGUUCCGCCCAAAACAGGAAAACCAAGAUUCAGCAACUCAGGGACACCAGGCCCACCCACUCAACCUAAACCCUCGUCUUCCGCGGGCAGUCCGAGAUAAUUCAGUUCGUUUUAUACAGAGUAGCCUUACUAGCUAAUUCAACCCCUGAGGUGCACAUGUAUUUAUUUAUUCGGAUUACUGCUAAGAAAACCACAAAGACUUUCAUGUAAGCUAAACCUAAGUGUCUAUGGCAAGAACUGUUGAUUCCAGCAGAGACACUAUUGGGAAGUAUUCUGCCACUAAUUUUGAUUUAUUUUGUGUGUUUGUUUUUGUUAUUGUUUAUUGUUAAGAUAAAAGUAUAUUGUUUCUAGGUGGAGUUGUUGCUACUGUUGUUUUAGUCUCCUAUAAAGAACUUGAAUUCUCGUUGGGUUCACAACAUGACCAAUAUUUUGGAUUUUGUGUCCAACAACAGAACACAAGCAAUUUUAUGAAUCAUGGUACUAGUUCUUCACAGUGAAUGAUAGUAUUCCUCGAUGAAAACGUUCCAUGCAAUUAUUACCUGUUGCAGUUUACAAACUGUUUGUGCACUUGGUGUCAGAAGUGUUAAGUGUAUUACUUCACAUCCAUCUAUUUCAUGGCUGCGGAAAAUUGUCCAUGAGAAAAAAAAAUAAUCGAAUUUGGGUUUCGUAAAUUGUAUAUAGAAUUUCGUAAAGAUGGAAUUGGUAAAUAUUUUAAGACAAAAUAUAUAAUUUUGUACGUUGUAAUUUUUUAGAGAACGUGUUAUCUUUUGAUAUUAAACAUUUAUUUGCUUUUUGUGA